AUGUCAGCAAACAUGUCUCCAACAUCAAUGUUUGCCUACACUGCCAGUCAGUGGCUACACCUUGACAAACCGCAGCGCGACGCGCGGUACAUUGAAUUCAAUGUCGACCGCCUGUGUGAGAAAGUACUUUCACUCUGCCCCUCUGGCACCUCAAUUGAAAGCUGCCAGAAGCUGGAGGUGCAAUGCAAUACCAAAGUGCCUAUCCUGGCCAUUCUGGAUUGGAGUGAUGAUCCAAACAAUCCCAUUGGCUCAGCAUACAUUAUCAUGGAACAUGCCGGCGGUGUUCCACUACAGGAAGCAUGGGCAGAUAUGCCAUCAGACAAGAAAGUAAAGUGUAUUGGAGCAAUCUGUACAAGUAUUCUGCCAAUAUCUGAACUUGACUUUCUGGCAUAUGGCAGCCUUUAUUUUGCUGAUGCUUCAUUUCUUGAUGCUGCUUCCAAGCAAAAGUUGGAUAAUGAUCUUAAGUACUGCAUUGGGCCGCAUUGCAGAGGGAGUACCUACUGGGAUUGCAAUGUUGGUGAACCAAGAUACUACACAUUCAAGGAACCAAAUAGAGGACCAUCUGAUCAUCUCAUUCUCUGUCAGCAGCAAGCAUCCUACCAAGGCUCUGUGAACCAGCAUCUGGAGCUGCUCAAAGUGGGCCAGGCUGUCUUCUCUGAGUUGUUACAACACCCUGGUAUCAAAUCUAAUGCAACACCGACCCUCUUCCACCCAGAUCUACACAAGAGAAAUAUUUUCAUCUCUAAAGAUGAUCCCACCACUGUGACUGGGAUUAUUGAUUGGCAAUGUGCCAGUGUUGAGCCAGCAUUCUACUACACAGAUGAUGCACCUGAUUUUGCCAAGGUCUCUCCUGAGGGGACAUCAGAGUCUUCUGAGGAAACGCUUUGCAGCCAAGCAUAUGAACUAGGCUGGGCCCUUCUGGCUCCACAUCUAGGAGAAACCAGAAAAAUUGAUGAAACACUCCUCCGGCCAUUUCGCUAUUGCCAUUGGAUGUGGAGAGAUGGGUUUGUACCAUUCACCCACGAACUGAUGCAGCUAAGAGAGGCGUGGAAAAAGCUUGGCUUUAAGAAGGACUGUCCCAUCCCGGCCUUGAGCCCGGAGGAGAUGAGGUCCUACAAGGAACAGCUUGGUAUCUACAAUGGGAUGCUAGAGUUUAGGCAGGAUAUGGUUGAGACCCUGGGAGUGGAGGGGGAUGGCUGGGUGUCUGAGGAUCACUGGGAGGGAGUGAAGAAAGCUCAUCAAUAUUUCUAUGAAACCAUUAUGGCAAGUAUGGAGAAUGACAAGGACCGCGAGGAAUUGAGAACAAUGUGGCCGUUUGAUCAAUGUCAAGCUUGA